UCUUCAGUUUGUUAUUGUUUUGAAGCUGAUCAUCACCUGAAACUCUUGCGUAAAAUGGAAGAAAGAAAGUUCACAGUGUUAUAUGGCAGCGAGACAGGCACCGCCCAGGACUUGUCAGAGCACAUCUGGAGAGAGUCCAAAAAAUACGGCUUCAAAGGCAAAGUUCUUCCAAUGGACGAUUACAAUCCACUCGAUCUGAUUACCGAACAAUGCGUUCUUUUUGUCUGUGCCACUGCUGGGCAAGGCGAAGAGCCCGAAAACAUGAAAAAGUUUUGGAAAUUUCUCCUCAGAAGAAGUUUGGCUGCCGAUUCGUUGUCGCACGUUCAUGUUGCGGUUCUUUGUUUGGGCGACUCGAGUUUCCCCAAGUUCAAUUGGGUCGGCAAACGACUCAGCAAGAGACUUUUGCAACUUGGCGCUCGUGAAAUUAUCCCAAUUGGACUUUGUGAUGACCAACAUGACAUGGGAAUUGCUGCUGUUUACGUUCCCUUCGUGCGAGACAUGUUCCAAAAGAUGCUUUUGCUGUACCCGAUGCCUGCGGGACAAACUGCGGAAACAAAACCGAGACAAUUCAAGUGGAAUGUGCGAGUGAUGGAGAACGUUUCUGCUGAAACGGACAAAAUUUGGGAACAUUUACCGAUGAUACGGAGUUGUAAAGUCUUGGAAAACACGAGAACGACGCAUGAAAGUCAUUUUCAGGACGUGCGAUUUAUUCGAUUGGAGAAACAAGACUUGAAUUGGUUGCCGGGAGAUGUGGCUUGUAUUCGUCCUCAGAACUCAAAAGAAAGUUUAAAGAAGCUUUUUGAUUUGUUUGAUGAGAAUAACUUGGGAUUGCGGCGUGAUACGGUGAUUUCUGUUACAGAAGUCGAUUCAGAGCUUCCCGUGCCGAGCUACUUGGCCAAAUCGAUGACUUUGGAGACAAUUGCCACAAAAUAUUGGGAUCUGAACACAAUUCCUCGUCCGAGAUUCUUCGAGUUGCUCGCACUGAACUGCGAAAAUGAGCUUGAACUGGAAAAAUUGAAGGAAUUCGCGUCGCCCGAAGGUCUUGAUGAUCUUUAUUCGUAUGCGAAUCGACCAAAAAGGACCGUUUUGGAGACUCUAGUGGAUUUUCCGCAUGCAUGUUCCAAAUUGAACAUCGAGGUGCUGUUUGAGAUGUUUCAACCCAUCAAGGCAAGGUCAUUUUCGAUAUCUUCGUGCGUUGAAAGCGGAUCGUUGGCACUUUUGGUAGCUGUCGUUGAGUAUCGCACAAUGUUAAAGGCACCGCGGAAGGGUUUCUGCUCAAAUUGGCUGAAGGAUGUCGAGGUAAAUGAUGAAGUGCCUGUCUGGAUUAAACGGGGAACGUUUCGAUUGCCGGAAAAUCGGAACACACCAUUAGUGAUGGUUGGUCCAGGUACGGGACUCGCCCCCUUCUUAAGCAUAUUAUGUGAUCGUAAAAUAAACGGAGAUUCAGGUCCAUUACUUCUCUUCUUCGGUUGUAGAAAUGAGUCCAUGGACUUUCAUUGUCGCGAUCGCCUUCAAGAGUUACAAAAAAGUGGAAUGUUGCAACUAAUUUGUGCCUUUUCUCGUGAUCAAGAGGAUAAAAUGUACGUUCAAAAUCGCAUCCGUGAAAAUGGAGAUUUGCUCCGAAAGUUUCUGCAAAAAGACCAGGGAUACUUUUUUGUCUCUGGCAGCAUGAAACAAAUGCCGCAAUGUGUAAAAGAAGCACUUGAAGAAGUCCUCACGCCGGAUUAUGUCAAAGCAAUGAUCGAUUCGGGACGUUACCAAGAAGAAUGUUGGUAGAUUU